CUCUCUUGUGCCCCGGGGUGCUCUAGUCCUCCGCCAGCGCGGCCGCGGCUUUCUCCUGCCGAGCCCUCCCACGCCCACCUGUUGCCGGGAGACCCGCAGCGGUUAGGACCAGGGCCUGUGGGGGGCUCGCACAGCCAGCCCCUGUACAAGCCAGCACCACACUUCGCCUCCUUCCCCUCCACACGGACCCCGCGGUUCGAGUUCCGGCUCUGCGUCGGCUCAGCUGUCUACCCCUAGAACUUGAGUUUGGCUUCUCCAUGGAUAGUGCGACUCAUGGACCUUCCAUCCCCUAGUUCUCUGUGCCGCCUCCCCGACCUUGUGAAUGCAUGCAGCCCUGGAAGUAGAAAUCGUUCAGUUUUAGCCAUUUCGGUUUAAGUGACGAUCUGUUGGCUGUUAGACACCCCGACAUACCUACAUAUAUUUUUAUUACUUGUGUGCUCUUGCGAGCAUUUUGCUCGUCUCUCACAAUGAAUGGGAACCAGAAAUUGGAUGCUCGUAACCAAGAAAGGCAGGAUUUCAUCCAGCACUUCUCCCAAAUCGUCAAGGUGCUGACUGAGGAUGAACUAGGCCACCCAGAGACAGGCGAUGCCAUUACCCGGCUCAAGGAGGUCCUGGAGUACAAUGCUGUGGGAGGCAAGUACAACCGGGGGCUAACUGUGCUCCAAGCAUUCCGGGAGCUGGCGGAGCCGAGGAAGCAGGACGCCGAGAGUCUUCAGCGGGCCCUGACAGUGGGCUGGUGUGUAGAACUGCUCCAGGCCUUUUUCCUUGUGUCAGAUGACAUCAUGGAUUCUUCCCUCACUCGCCGGGGACAGAUCUGCUGGUAUCAGAAGCCAGGCAUCGGCUUGGAUGCCAUCAACGACGCUCUGCUUCUGGAAGCCUGCAUCUACCGCCUGCUGAAGUCCUACUGCAGGGAGCAGCCCUACUACCUCAACCUGCUGGAGCUCUUUCUGCAGAGUUCCUAUCAGACGGAGAUUGGGCAGACUCUCGACCUCAUCACAGCCCCCCAGGGCCAGGUGGAUCUCGGUAGAUACACUGAAAAGAGGUACAAAUCUAUUGUCAAGUACAAGACAGCGUUCUAUUCUUUCUACCUGCCUGUCGCGGCUGCCAUGUACAUGGCAGGCAUCGAUGGGGAGAAGGAACAUGCCAAUGCCAUGAAGAUCCUGUUGGAGAUGGGCGAGUUCUUUCAGGUCCAGGAUGACUACCUUGACCUCUAUGGUGACCCCAACGUGACUGGAAAGAUCGGCACUGACAUCCAGGACAACAAAUGCAGCUGGCUGGUGGUUCAGUGUCUGCAGCGGGCCACUCCGGAACAGCGUCAGAUCUUAGAGGAGAAUUACGGGCAGAAGGACCCAGAGAAGGUGGCGCGGGUGAAAGCACUGUAUGAAGCGCUGGAUCUACCAGCUGUGUUCUUCAAGUAUGAGGAAGACAGUUACAGCCGCCUCAAGAGCCUCAUAGAACAGUACUCUGCGCCCCUGCCCCCAUCCAUCUUCUUGGAACUAGCAGAAAAGAUCUACAAGCGGAGAAAGUGACCUCGAGAUUGCAGAGGCUUGAAGGGAGGGAUCUUAAUAAAUUAUUGUACAGCA